AUGGCAGAACACAAAGUCAACUUCAUCACGGGCAACGCCGGCAAGUUGCGCGAGGUCAAGGCCAUCCUCGAGCCUGAGAUCGAGGUCCUCAGUCAGCCUGUGGAUCUCGAGGAAGUGCAGGGCACCCUCGAGGAGGUCACAGUGUCCAAGUGCCGCAGAGCCGCUGAUUUGGUGAAAGGUCCAGUUCUGGUUGAGGAUACGGCGCUGUGCUACAAUGCUCUCAGUGGACUCCCCGGAGCAUACAUCAAGUGGUUCAUGACUUCAAUCGGACACCAGGGCUUGAACAACUUGUUGGCUGCUUAUACUGAUAAGUCUGCUGAAGCCGUCUGCACUUUUGGAUACUGUGCCGGACCUGGCGAGGAGGUCAUUCUGUUCCAGGGUCGUUGCCCAGGCAAGAUUGUACUUCCUAGAGGCCCCCCCGACUUUGGAUGGGAUGCCGUCUUUGAGUACGAGGGCCAAACAUUCGCCGAGAUGGACAAGGCAGAGAAGAACAAGAUCUCCCACCGUAGUCGAGCGCUAGCCAAGCUUCAAGCUUGGUUCAAAGAGCAGAAGUAA